AGGCCAAUUCACUCCGAGUCGGUCUUUGUGCAGAAAAGGUUAAAUCAACGAGUGGAAUUUAACUUCAGGAUUUUCAGAAGAUGGCGGCUAUAUUAUAUAUCCAAUUCCUGUUGCUUUCCGUUUGUUUCCUCCAAGCAAUCGCUCUACAGCCGAUAAGAGAAAUAUACUAUGAAGAAGACAGUGCCAGCCCUCAAGAGCCAGAAACAUCUGAUCUUGACUCAUGCGAAGAUUUAGUUCCAACAAGAAGAUGUGAAUAUGAGAAAAACAGAAGGUCUCGAGGCUGUGAAGAUGAAGUCAUGCAGACGAAUUGUGCAAAGACAUGUCUUUCAUGCCAACGGAAAGCGCCCGCCCCACCCAAAGUCGUGGACUGCAAAGGUUCAACGUACGGUUGCUGUUGGGAUGGCAAGACGCCACAGCUUAGUUAUACAGGCGAGGGAUGCCCGGAGUGCAGAGAUGACGCCGUCUAUGCGGCACUCUGUCAGAUAUGGAAGCGUUACUGCGACAAUUCAACCCGCGUUGCUGAACAUGAAGUGGUACAACAAUAUUGUCAUAAGACAUGCAACAAGUGCUUUGUGCCACGGGCAACGGAACAAACCAGAAUCGAAAGGACGCUCCCCCCCGUAAUUGGAGAAUUCGAAAACUCGGAUGACUCCCCCCGGCGUGGGGCUAUUUACGUUUGGAGCAAAGUCUUGAAUCCUUUCGGACUUAAAAAGAGAAGAAAAUAAAGAGAAAUACAGUAAAUAAGAGGCGUAGUCUCAGAGGAGGGACGGGGGGGGCGGUUAUAUGGCUAGGUAUUGAGGUUAUGUAUAGUGCGAAGUUAAGGCUAGAAUCAGCCGUUGAACUGAAAAAGAUAGGAAGGCUAUCUUCCACCAAAAACGUGAAGUUGUCCGAUUAGAAUCAACUGCUAUCUCAGUACUUAGUUUAAGGCAUCAAUUUUCAGUUCAAGGUUGUUUUGAUGAAGGAGAAAUGUGAGUGCUCGUGACAGGAUGCAUAGCUGAAAAAACUGAAUUGGUACACGCGAAAAAAUCCCACAUUUAACAGGAAGGGACCUUGUCGACAUGUUGUAAACAACUCGAUUGUCCUUUUAUCAUCUUCUUGCGAGAUUGUCACUCUUGACACGCGAAUUGUGGCAUUUAUUGUCAAUGAAAUAGACACGAUAGUGAAUGUUUUCAACACAGUAUGGAAUGAGCAAACUCGAGCCUCUGUUUUAAUAAAACUUGUGCAUUUUUACGCGUGUACCUUCACUAUAUGUUAAAUAGAUCGACAUAUUUCGUAUAUAAAUAUAUUAAACGGGGUGCAUGUGGGUGCAUAGGGGGAUCGUAGUGUACCUAAUAGUCUUGAUCUACAAACUACUCUUUGCAAUCAAGCAAUUGUAUAUAGGUAAAGAAAAGUUGUAUGUAGACUCAGUAGAUUUUAUACAGCCUAGCAAUAAAAUCGUGCUGCU